AAUGUUAACGAUUCCGGAUAAACUUGUGAAACAUGUUUGUUCGUAUGAUUCGCUGAACGUCGGUGAAACGUUUCCUCGCUUGUAGCGAUGUUGCCAGAAAAAAAAUAAAUAAUGUUGGUCGUAUUUUAACUUAGUUUGCUUGUUCACGAGGAAGCGCUGGUUAAAAAUCUGUGAGUUGGCGUCAGCAGCAGGGACACUUGGCCAGCAAGCCCGGCUCGACGUGGGGUCUUAACGCUUACCGGCUGCCUUUUGUUUUCACUCAGAAGUGAAUUUAUGUGCUUGACCUAACGCUGGUGAUUUUUGUGUACACUAAGUUGCGUUGAGGAGCCAGGGAAGUGAUGGUCGUUAAGCAGUAGUCACGGCAUCAUCAUGGACCGCCCCGGACGGCGGCUACGUGCCACCCACCUGUAGCAUCAAUCGACGGCAUGGCGAACACGACCCUCGGUGCUCAGGACCGCAGAGACAGCCGUUGUGGUGUGGUAGAGAAUGGCUGCGUAGUGAACGACCACCAUGAUAGCACCAACCACCACUGCCAUAAACCCAGCAUGACUCCACACAACAAGUCCGUCCUGCCCUGUUACAAGCCGCUCUGCUCCCCUACGCCGAUCUACUACAGCAGCCCCCAGAAAAGCUACUCAGACCUGAACCAGGACCGCCACAGCUUGUCUUCCCAGGACUCGGGUAUUCCAACGCUGGAGAUCAACCCUCCAGAGGCCAUCCUCCACAGUCCUCAACGGCCGGGGGGCGGAGGCCUCAUCCUGGACCCCAGUCACGACUCCCCUGCCACUUUACCUCUGGAUGAUGAUCCCUCUGAUGGCAGUGGCAUCCGCAAAUCCUCCACCUUCCCCCGCAGUGGGUACGACUCCAUCCGCCUCUUCAGCCCCACCCUCAGAAUAUCUGCCACCACAGGGAUGUGCGUCGGGGGCGGAGUCUUAAACCGCAGCGAUGACAUCUCUGUGUGCAGCGUGUCCAGCAUGAGCACUGAGCUAUCGGUCUCUAAUGAAGACAUGUUGGACUUCACCGUCACCUCUGACUCCAGCGCCAUAGUUACCUUAGAGACGGAUGAGAGUGGCAACUCUCGCUUCUCUGACGUGACGCUGUCACCAGGAAUCCCCAGGGCCUUAUGGAGUCCUGUGAGACCGCAUGUGGGUUCAGGGGUUACACAACACGAAGAGGAUGGGAGGCAAAAGAAACUGGGACCUCUAGCAAGCUUAUUCAACAAGAGCCUGUUUGCCAGGCGGGUGAAGGACAGCCGACCAGUGGAGCAGAGGGAUCCUGGGUGGAAGCUGUUUGGGAAAGUCGCACCACGCGAAGUCCCUGCUAAGGACCCAAAGAGAAUACAAAAGGAAUAUGAAACAAAGAGUGGCAGAGGUGGACCUGGCAAUCCGACGUCUCCCAGGCAGAGUGUGAGAAAAAACCUGGACUUUGAGCCCCUCUCCACCACCGCACUUAUACUGGAGGACAGACCUGCUAAUCUGCCUGCCAAGCCGGCUGAGGAGUCGCAGAAACACAGACAGCAGUAUGAAGAGAUGGUGGCUCAGGCUAAGAAGAGAGAGUUAAAGGAGGCUCAGAAGAGAAAGAAGCAGCUGGAGGAUCGGUGCAAGCUCGAGGAGAGCAUUGGUACAGCCGCCCAGACCUGGAACCAGGAGAUCUUGCCUAACUGGAGUACAGUGUGUACAUCUCGACGAGUGAGAGACCUCUGGUGGCAGGGCAUCCCCCCCAGUGUGAGGGGCAAAGUGUGGAGCCUGGCUGUGGGCAACGAGCUCAACAUCACACAUGAGCUGUAUAACAUCUGUCUGGCCCGGGCCAAAGAGAAGUGGAAGACCACACCAGCACCUGCCUCAGAGCCCGACUCUGAAGAUGCGGGCUCAUCGGAUAGGGAGUCGAGCCUGGAGCUGAUCAAACUGGACAUCUCCAGAACCUUCCCCAACUUGUGCAUCUUCCAGCAGGGUGGGCCAUAUCAUGAUGUGCUGCACAGCAUUCUGGGAGCAUACACUUGUUACCGGCCAGACGUUGGCUACGUGCAGGGGAUGUCGUUCAUCGCGGCGGUGCUGAUCCUGAACCUGGACACGGCCGAUGCCUUCAUAGCCUUCGCCAACCUGCUCAACAAGCCCUGUCAGAUGGCCUUCUUCAGAGUGGACCACAGCCUUAUGUUGACUUACUUUUCGGCAUUUGAAGUGUUCUUUGAAGAAAAUCUACCAAAGCUUUUUGCACAUUUCAAGAAAAACAACUUGACCCCUGAUAUUUAUUUGAUCGACUGGAUCUUCACACUGUACAGUAAGUCGCUGCCGUUGGACCUGGCGUGUCGCGUGUGGGACGUCUUUUGCCGAGACGGCGAGGAGUUCUUGUUCCGCACGGCGCUGGGCCUGCUGCGUCUCUACCAGGAUGUCCUGACCUGCAUGGACUUCAUUCACAUGGCUCAGUUCCUCACCCGCCUGCCUGAUCUCAUACCUGCUGAGCAGCUCUUCCAGCACAUUGCUGCUGUUCACAUGACGAGUCGCAAUAGGAAGUGGGCACAGGUCCUGCAGGUGUUACAGAAGGAUCCAGAACGAGGCAGCCCGGUGCUGAAGCGCUGAGCUGACAUCACAGACUAGUUGACUCAGCCUCUUAGCAGGAUGGGCAAACCUGAAGGAUAUCUGUGUUCAACAUCAACAGGACAUAUGUGGUAGUGCCCACUGUGGUGAACCUCUUCUCCUGAGCCCACGACACUGCUUUAACUGGAAGCAGGAGAUGGAGGGAGGGGGCUGAAAAGGAAUAUGAGGCCUUAUUUAUCUCCCACAAUCCCUCCUCUGCUCAGAGGCCCAGCAGUGUGCUGGAGAGUGUAGCUGGCAGAGACUGUAGAAUGUAUCACACACUCCCCACAUACACAUCCACCCGCCAUGCUAUUUCAGGUCUCAAACCCUCCACUUUGACUUUUAAUUCUCUGCUGUCUUCCUAUCUCUUGUUCCAUCCCUCUUUCCUUUGCCUCCUGUAGGGAAAGUUCCAGACCUUUCCAGAGUAAGAUCUUUUGAACUAUGAUAAGUGGAACCUCAGCUAGUGUCUGUGUGUGUGUCUUGAUCUCUUUGUUUCUGCACCUUUGCUCUCCAAACCUUAGUCAUUCCUUCACAUCCUCUUGAGUUUGAUUUUGUCUUUUGAUCUCGGUGUGCUUUUUACUUUCCUGUUCCAUUCCAUGAAGUCAGUUUUUGUCUUGAAAAGAGUUUUGUGAGUUAAAAUUUGCGAAAAUGCACCUCCUUCACCUGAAGACAAAUUUGGUGUUUCACCACCACAUGUUACAUUUGAAGAAAUGUUUUAACCCUCUAAAAAGAGGACAUAAACUGCCUGUAAAGUGUGUUUGACAGUAUAUUUAUGUCAGUGAAACUGGAGUAAAUAAUGAGGUAAUAUCACAUGAACUUCCCUCGUCCUUAAUAUGUCUACGCUACAUUUCGUUACAGUUUGGGUUCCUGAAAUCAUGACCUGAGUGUGACAUCUUUCGGUUUUGUAUGUGUUUAAUAUUUAUCAAAAGAACGGCUAGUUUGUUUUGUUCGGAUGUCAGAUUCUUGUCAUUUCCUGUCAUGCGGCACAUGUGCAUGUCAGUGGUCACCUGUCCAUUGGCUGUGACGGUGACAUCAUCCAGACAUUGUGGCUGCUGUUCUGUCAUCUGUGUGUCACUAGAUUCACACUGUGGUUGAUGUAUCACUCCAUCCUGACCAGUGGUGGGUGGGGCUAGUAUUUACACCAGGUUUCACUAAACCAGCAUGGUUUGAACGAGUUUCCAUAGCAGUGCUAAGUUGUUGUUGAUCCCUCACCGGAAAUCAACAGCGUUUGGCCCAUUUUGCACAGACUUGUUCAUUGAAUGAAAUAAGACUUAAGAAGUGCAGAGAUCUCAUUGGCUGUUGAUGUCUGUGAAGAGUUGUCACAUUUUCUCUGCCAAUAAAAACAAAGCAAGAAGGAAACAGCUGUUGGCAUUUCUCAGUGUGACCACUGUAACUGUCCUGUUUUUUUUGUUUGUGAAGCUGCUCCAUCUGAUGUUUUGUGCUACUGACUUUGUGUGUGACGGACUGUAAUAUGAAGUGACACCUCUUUAAGGUCUCGGUAUCUUUUGCAUCCACUGAGGCCGCACUGCACAAAUUCCUGCAGUGGAAGUGAACUUAAAAAAAAAAAAAGAAAGAAAAAUCAUUUGUGACUCACCUGAUUGUGGCUGCUAACAGACAUUAUCUGUUUUUCAGUGUCUGCAUCAGCUCAGCACCAUACACCCCCCCCCCCCCUCCCCACACACACACACACACACACACACACACACAAACACACAUGCCUCCAGUGUGGUGACACACCGCAGGACUGCAGUAAAGCUUUUUGCACCUUCAUGUCAGCAUUUGAGUCGUGCCUCACAUCACUUUGUGUCAUUGCUUACAGCUUUAAAGGUGUCGUAGGUUUUCCAUCCUGUAUUCAUUUAUUUAUGUAUUUAUUUUGUGCUUUUGUAGUGACCAGCUGAAGUGUGAGCGUUUCGGUGUGUAUGUGUGGUUAAGUGGCAAAACAGAUUAAAAUCUGUUUGUUACUAAUCAGUUGUUAAAUUAAAGGCUGUGCUGUGUAUGAAUCUACCCUCACGCCCCCGGUUCUGCUGACACUACUUGCUACUUGCCCUUCUAUCACACUGGCAAUACUGUAUAAUCCACAGUGGCUGAAAACAAAAUUCAGUCGAAUUAAAUUUGACUAAAAUAUGACAAGCUGUUUGAAUAUGCUGGAUAUCUGUAAUUUCUUUGGCUCGGUUUGUUUUGUAUUGCCUGUUUUUGCUUUUCCUUUAGAGAACCGUGCACUGUAGAGGACUGAUAGACAUACACGGAGACAGCAGAGGGUUACCAUGUAGCUGUAUCUCACUUGAAAUGUAUAUAAACAAUGGUUUUAUUAAAAUAAAGAGCUGUACAUAUUCAGCCA